CAGACUUCGAAAUGGAUCGCAGAUCCAUUAUGGCCCUUGCCAAAGCGAAGGCGAAGGAAAAAAUGGCCGCAAAGCUGGCCGCUGCAAGCGGCGUGCAGCCAAGCUCCGAUGCGCCGAAGAAGCCACCCACGCAGCUGAAGACGAAGAUGUCGGGGGCUCCAAUGCAGUCCAAGAAGACAAAGAGGGCUUCCCCUCUAGCUGAUGCUGACGCCGGGGGUCUGACCAUGCCGGCCGAUGAUGUCGGGGGCUCCAAUGCCGUUGCCGUUGUUGAUGCGGUUUCGGUCCCUUCCUCGACUACUAUGUCCCAGCCGCCCUUGUUGGCCAAGAGCCCCGGAGAAAGAGGGUCGGCAAGGAGCUAGCCGUUGGGACGUACAAGCUCGAAGUCGAGUACCCUGUGAAGGGUGGCGUCUUCAAUGACGCCGUUGACGGCCAUGAUGUUCUGGCCCAAGCUGUCCCGGUCGAGGAUCAGGCUUACCUGAAGAAGCUUGGCCCUGUCAGGAUCUAUGAUGGCGGAAUGGACCUUAUCGUCCAAGGUGCCCUUAUGCUGAUGGAGAGCCAUAAGCGGCAAGAACAGGAGAUUGCCCGGCUGAAGGAGGCUGAGCAAAAAGCUGCUUCGGCCGAGGAGGCCAUGGCCUGCCUGGAUCGGCUCCGGGAAGAAGUGAAGGCCCU